CGUUAGUUUAUUUGGACUUUGAAAGAUUCAGCGGCCAAACCGUACAAUGAAAAGUCAAAAGGGUGAGAUGCGGAGGGCAGAUGAUAAAGCUCAGAACCUUUAUGGAUCCGAAAGCAUGCCUGUGGUUGCCGUCACUAGUGUUGACCAUCAAAAAGGUCCAUGGGGUCCACCGUCAUCAGCUCAUUAUAAAGGUGAUGAUGAUUUCCAGAUGAUGAUGAUGAUGAGCAGCAGCGGUGGAUGGGGUAGCACUGGUGGGGUGAGCGAGAUCGAAGAAGAAGAAGACGAGCCUGAAUAUUCAAGAAGAAGAAAGGUAUUUGACUUCAAUAAGAGCACGGGGGGUCCCCUGGAUAGCGUUAGAGAAGAGGAUCAACGUCAAGUUGUAGGCUUGGAAUUGGAGGAGCAGUGCAGCAGCAGAACUAGUACUCUGUUUUCGUUCGAUUUCCACGAGGCGGAAUCAGAAGAUGCAGUGUACUAUGUGGCACUAGUGCAGGGGGGGCAGCAGGGGAAUGGGGGCGGCAAGAGGGCCGCCGAUCAGGACUCAGCCAGCAUGGAUGCGCUUUUAUGGACGCUCAAUCACGCCGCCACCGCCAACAAUGAUCCAACUACCACUCCUCUGCUCUUUCUAGUCCAUGUCUUCCCCGAGAUUAAGCACAUCCCAACCCCGCUGGGAAUGAUGCCAGUGAGUCAAGUGAACCCUGAGCAGAAGGAAAUUUACAUGGCUCAAGAAAGGGGGAAGCGCACACAAUUCCUUGACAAGUUUCUCAAUGCAUGUUCCUCUGCUGCCGAGGUUAAGGUGGACACCAUUCUUAUUGAAAGUGACGCGGAGGCAAAAGCAAUAUUAGACCUCAUUCCCAUCCUCAACAUAAGAAAACUUGUGCUGGGCACCACCAAAGCCAUCCUCAGGAAGGUGAGGUCUAAGAGAUCAGCGAGUGGAGUGAUCGAUCAGAUAGUAAAAGGUGCACCUGAGUUCUGCGAGGUGAAGGUAAUAUGUGAGGGAAAGGAGACGCUUGAUUUCAUGAUCAGGGAUUCUCCCUCUGGAACCUCUCCCUCUCCACAGGCACAGGGUACCUACUCCGACGACAACCAUACUUCCCAACCUAUGCACAGUCAACAACGUUCAAGCAGUGCUACCGAUCAAUCCUUCAGCUGUGGAUGCUUCAAACCCAAGGUAGCUGAUUUCUAAAACAGCAAAUCCUGCAUUCAAGAGCUGAGAGAGUCGAUGCUCAUGCACCUGGGUGAAUAGCCCAGUUGGGAGAGCGUCCGACUGAAGGUGAUCCGCGCUCACCGCAAACGAUGUCUCAUCUUAAUCACUUUAAUGUUCAUUCUUAAGUAUACUUUCUACCUGGUGAUCAUCAGAGUCUGGCCCACAAUAUUGUUGUUUACCAAUUGCUUAAUUUUGUUCAUUGUGUAUAUAGUUUCUUAGUUUAUAUUAUACCAAUAAUCAAAGUUUUGCA